AAAUUUUAACUGUGACCUAAUCUAUCCCCUCUCUUCCGAAAUCCAUUCACAAAUAAACAGCUGCCAACUCCUACCUACCUUUAUGUGCUUCUUCCUCUCUCCGUCGUACAGUUGCUUCUUCUCUCCGUCGCACGAGCUGCUUCUGCCGCUGCCGGUUUCGCCGCCGCUGGCUUCGCAUGAUCUCUCUCUGUCAUCCCUUGCGUCACACGAGCUCCCUCUGUCGCCGCUCUCGUCGCGUCUACUCCCAUCGUCGCAGAGCUCUCUCCGCCGCCGCUCUCAUCGCGUCUGCUCCCUCUGGCGCCUCUUCCAUCUAAUCUCAACAACUCGCUCUCUCGGUUCUUCUCGUAACCAUCACGAAUUUCAGAGUUGUUGAAUAUCCACCGGGGAAGAAUAUAUGAAAUAGCAUCUGUUUAGUUGAUUCGAAUGCAAAUGUUAAUGCCAGUGCUGCCAUGUCUUCCAAUCAAUCAUCUUCUGGGUCUGCUGGUGUUAAGGAGAAUGCAAGCGAGGUGGUGAUUGUGGAUGAUGAUAAAGAGGAAGGAGAGUUGGAGGAGGGUGAGAUUGAUGAUGAUGGCGCUGACCCUGAAGCAUCAGUAACAGAGAGGGUUCAGAGUGUUGCUGAAUGUGGUGUAGUUGCUUCAGAUACUGAUUCCACAUCUCAUAAGCUCAGUGUUAGGGAGGUUCUGGAGGGUGUUACAGUUGCUAAUGUGGAGGAAUCGUUUGAGGGGACUUGCUCUACUCAUGGUUCCAUCAGAAAUGAUUUUACUGACUUGACGUAAGCUUACAUUGCAUUGCUUUUCAAUCUGCUCUCUUUACAUUAGUUUCGGAACUUUGCACGGAACCUGUUUGUGAUAAUGCUCUUUUGUAUUCGUUACUGAAAUUCUUAAUUGCUAUUUAUCAUUUGAUAAUUAAGUUAAAAGCUGCACUGGCAUUGAUAUUGA